AUGUCCGAAGAACCUCCGUCGAAGCAGCAAAAAACCGGCUGGGAAGACUAUUCCUUGAACUGCAACGGGCUAUUGAUGAAAGCCGAUGAAGGUUCGCACUUCUCCGCUCUCGUGGAUGCGCCCCUUACUAAGCUGGAAGGAAUCGGCUCUAUGUCGGAAUAUGUUCUUAGUGGUCUAGGGUGUGAGACUAUUAAAGAUCUUGCCACCUACAAGUUUUUUCUCUUGGCUAGAGCUCUUGUGGUCUUAGCCGGAACAGAAGAAGCAGGCCCCUUUAUCUGCUCUCGAGGGCUGACUCAUAAAGCUAACGAAUCUUUCAAGGCCAUGCACAUCCACACUAUUGCUGAUUUGGCCGACUGGAAAUUUGCGAAGCGUGCGGAAGCCAUUGUGGAAGCUUCCAAGUUUGAGCAUACCAAGACUUCCCAGGAACGCAAGAUGGAGCGCGAAAUGCAAAAGCUGAAUUAA